AAAUCCGUCGGGAUCGACUUACAGAAAAUUAUUAUCCCAAUGGCAGAAGGCGGAGAAGAGGAAAACAAUCCUUUUUCAUUUAAAAAGUUUGUGAAAUCUAAAGAUAGAAAUGUUGAAAAGGGAGAAGAAGAGAAUACAGCACCGAAUAAGGAAACUGUAGCACAAACGAAAGAUACUUCAAGUAACACAAAGAAAAAGAAGAAACCCGAUGAAAAUCCUUUUUCAUUUAAAAAAUUCUUAGAAUCAUCAGGAUCUGGUUCCAAUUCUAGAGACAGAAAUAACAAAAUUCACCACUCUCAGCGUAACUCACAGAAUACUCCAGACUUUGCCACUGAUCUUCCAGAUUUUGUCCAAGAUCAUUUCCAGGAGAGUCCUGUUGAGCCGUCACUCCCAACCAGUUUAGAUCUUCCCCUCCCAGAUCUUGGAUUUCCCAAGGAAUCAAUUCCAAGAAGACAUACUAAUUCAUUCAAUGAACCGUUUUUGGCUGGUAGUAAUGAGACUAGAAAUUUUUCCACCGAUAGCCUUAGGGCUAAAGGCGUUUUCACUCCUAACAAUAGUGAAAGUGACUUAGUUUCUGGGAUAGGGGAGGUAACUCAAAAUAAGAGUGAGGAACAAGACUUUAUGCCAAAUCGCCCUCAUGUUCCUACAAGACUCCCAGAUUUUAUUACUGAUGGAAUAUUAAGAAACACGGAUAGUCACCCGGAUAAUGAGAUUAGCUUGCCAAAGCCAGAAGGUUAUUUACCCAAUGGUCCACAGAGAACAAGGAGUAAAGAUGAGGAAAAUGAAAGACUGAAAGCAGAAAAUGAAAUUCUGAAACAACAACUCGAAGAAGCCAGAAGUAGAAAUGUGAUAGAAACAAAAAGGUGCAAUAAAUUAAAAAAAGAGAUGGAAGCUGCCCAGAAAAAGGAAGCAGAAGACACGGCUGCAAUGGAGAAAAUGCUUGGAGAAGUUGAGGCCAAUUUACUGACAACAACGAAAAGGGCGGUAGCAGCAGAGAACCAGUCAACUGUUUUACAGAAUCGAGUCACAUAUCUGGAAAAUGAAAACAGACUAUUAAAGUCUGGGGACAAGGGAUUAGCUGAUCUGAAGGAGAGGACUUCCUAUGUGUCUCAGCAGUUAUCUUCAGUCGUCUCAGCAGCGGAACAAAAUCUGAAACAAAUGUUGUCUGGAGUAGAGAACUUGAGAGUUAUGUCUCAGGUCUUGAAAUCAAUAGACAAAGUCACAGAGACUGAAGAAAACACAAGCGCGAGUCAAAAGCCAGAUCCUAAGAAUAAUAACAGCUGACCUGAAUGGACAAAGGUUAAAGUUCAGAUUGAAGGAGGUUGUAAAAUGAUGACAUAAAGUACAUAACCAUUAUUGUGAAUGUAAAUGAACAAGUGGCAUUCAGUAUUGAGAGAUAUGCUAGAUGUUUACAACACAUUUUGUAAUUUUCUUUCUCAAAAAUGAAAUACAUGUACAUUUUUUAAAAUAUGUUGAUUUCAUUUUAUCAUACGACAAGAUUUAAAGUGAAUUUUGAAUAUAUGUCAUCUAUAUCAGAGGAACAGCCAUGUCAUUGUCUACCAAAAUGAUCUCUUGGUUGAUUUUUCUUGUCAGUAAUAAAAGGAGAUUGUUUUUUAUGAUAUAGGUCUAGACUUUUAAGUGUCAUACAAUUCCUGUAUUGUACAUGUAAUCUUGAGUUGAUAGAAUUAUGUAAAAUCUUUUACACAGACAAUAUAUUUAUAUAAAU